AUGAUUCCUGAAAACACCUUGAUUUUGUUGUAUAGUGUUGUUGAUUUGUUAUUAGUUAAGGUAAGUUUUAUGAUUUUUGUUAUGACUAUAUGUUUGUGUAGUGAUAUCUUUGGCGUAAUACUGGUUUUACUUCCUAAUACUUUCUCUGCUUUGUUACUCCAGGGGCUCAUGAACUUUCACCUUGAUGUAUUUGAGAUAUUGAUCAGAUCGUUUAAAUGGAAGGGUGUUCCAUUGCAUAAAUGUUUGGCUAUGCUGUGGGAAUACAGAAGGCUUGGCCAUGCUCUUUGUGCUUUCUCUGUAAAUGAGUCAUUUAUCACAACUUUGUCACAGCAUUGUGGUGAACUUUCACAGUCCAUUGAUUUUUGGAUAAGAUGUAUGAAAGGAUCACAGGCACAAGGAGUGGGGUUUCAGCAGAACUUCAGUUUGAUGUUCCAAUCAGAUAUCAAAGUUGAAGAAGUCAAGAAGGCUGCUUCUGAACUUCUUUCUAGUGUGAGAUCCUUUUGCUAG